UUCAUUUGCAGUAGUGAAUUCUCCACUUUUUUCUGUGAUUGGUCUAGUUCACAUAGGACACAUUGGGGAUUUCAAUACAGCUGGAACGAUUAAAAGUCCUUAUCCACAUAUAGAUACUUUUGUAAAAUUUGCUGCUGCUGACAUAAGCUGGGGCGAGAUUCCUGGAAUUUUUGAACAGUAUGGUAUGUCAAUUGCAGUUGAAUCAAUCAACACUAAUGAUGAAAUAGAAUUUACUGUUCAGCAGUACCAAAUGUAUAAAGAAACACAUCAAAAUACCGAUUCGGAAUUGAGAGGUAUCCUUCUGUCAGCAAGUUCGUUGAUUACAAAAGCCGUAGCCAGAAACUCAAUGAUAGACAACAUUCCAGUCAUUGCAUUGACUGAGAAAGAUAAUUCUUUUCUGCGAUACAAUUUAUUCAAUAAAAUUUGCUGGGGAUGGCCAGAAAUUUACAGUUUUUUUCUGAGAGCUUGUAAAGCUAGAAGAUGGCUCAAGAUAACAUCUAUCAGCUCCAGCGGAAGGACUGUUGAUAUUGAAUUCUUCAACAAAGCACAAUUAUUCGACAUUAAGAUCGCAAUGCCAGUGGUCGUCCCAGAAUUCGAUUCUUUCACCGGUACCACUUGGCAACCAGAAUUUUAUGGUGAAGCAAUGAGAUCUCUAAAGGAUGCCGGAACAAAAAUAAUUAUUUGUUUUUCCACUCGCUCUUUACCAUACAUUUUGCGUUCUGGAAUCCGAUUUGGUGUUUCUGCACUCGACGGUUAUCAGUGGCUUUUUAUAAGUGAAGAUGCUCGAUCCUUUCCUUUAAUGAACGAAGGCGUCUGUCAAUGGGAACCGAAAUGUACCUAUGCUUAUCGUGGGUCACUACUAUUUAUAGAAAAUUACAAUUUUGGAAACUUCCGGACCGAAAGAUGGCUACAUACACUCGAAAGAUUUUAUAGCAUUGACAGAACAGAGUAUUUAGGAAGUAAAGCAAUAUAUCCAAAUGAAGAACUAGCAUCUUAUUUGGCACUGGGUUAUGAUGCCAUGUGGCUGUUGGCUCAAGCAAUCAGCAAUAUAGUUUCCCGACAAAAGACCGCUUUUGGAGAUGAAAUUUCAAAUGAACUGAAAAAAAUUAAUUUGAAUGGACUGUCGGGAAAGGUGCGUCUCGAUGAGACCGGUAAAAGAUCUGACUUUAGGGGAAGUAUCAUUUUGAUUAAUCCUAUCGGCAAUGCUUCUGAUUCCGACCCUAAUUUAGUAGCUCUCCCGAUAAGACUUGUACUAUAUAAAGAGUCUGGUGAAGUAGAGGUGAAUUACCAAGCUAAAUACCCAUUGAAUAAACCUCCAUAUAAUUAUGUACUACCACCAAUGUCGCUUCCCAUGGCUGAUACGUACAAUAUUAGAAAAUAUUCUUCAAUUUCAGGAAUGAUUAGCGCGCAUGACAAUAUAUUAGCUAAAGCUCCAAACGAACCAUGGCCAUCUAUAGGCUUUCGCCGGAGGGAGAAGGUAGUAACACCUUUUAGGUGUAAACAAAACUGUGGUAAUCUUAUAUCGCAAGACGAUGUUACAGUAUUCAAUAAUGGUGUCUGCAUUGCGGAGAACGUGUGUGUAUGUAACAAAGGCUAUUUAGGAGAUGGGUGUAUGAAUGUUUCAUGCAGUUGCGUUCAUGGCGGAUGUAACACUCCAGACGUAUGUACCUGUAAAUCGGGCUGGAAAGGGCCGCGCUGUGACCAACCGGUAUGUAACACUCCUUGCUUACAUGGAAAAUGCGUGAAGCCCGAUAAAUGCCAGUGUAGAUCAUCAAUGUGGCUCGGUAAAUAUUGCUCAAUACACCUUGCAGCCAUUCUCGUUCCAGUUAUUUGUUCCCUAGUGUUGCUCAUAUGUUUUAUAUAUCUAUUGAUAAGGUAUUUAAUCAAACGCAUCCAACUCAGAACUGCACUGGCAAAUCUCGAGUGGCUCGUUAUCUGGGACGAAGCUGUUAAAAUCGAUUCUCAAGAAAAAGAUUCGAAGAACGUUUCAACUGCGACCCAUGUUAGUCGAAUGUUUAAUGAUUUGUACACGUGGAAGCGUGAGAAAUGGUUUGUGAAACGCUUCAACAGUAGAACCGUUGACCUUGAUGAUGAAGCGGUCCGACUAGAAAUGGUUGAACUGACGACUUUGAAUCACAAAAAUUUAAUCAUUUACGGUGGAGCCUGUCUCACAUAUCCAAACGUGUCUUUUUUUCUUGAGCCGGCGAAUAAAGGCAGUCUUGAAGAUAUUCUUAUCAAUGAUGCUAUACAACUUGGUUGGGAUUUCCGAUUUUCUUUUCUAAAAGACAUCUGCUGUGGAAUGGAUUUCAUUCACAGUAAAACUAAUAUCGGCUCUCAUGGACGUCUCAAAUCAUCGAAUUGUUUACUUGAUAACCGCUGGUGCAUUCGUUUGUCCGGUUUUGGCGGUCCAUCAAUUCGCUAUGGACAGUACCUUAUGGCUGGAGAAGAGAAAGAUUGGCAGUAUGAAUUAUUAAAGAUGAACGAACUUUUUUGGACGGCUCCUGAACUACUAAUAACUGUUGAGUGUCUAAAUGACGUUCAGAUGGGUACUAAAGAAGGGGAUGUCUAUUCAUUUGGAAUAAUUGCUUCUGAAAUUGCCACCAGAGACAUACCGUACGCUUAUGAACGGAUGUUCCUAUCUGUAAGCGCUAUUUUGGAUCUCAUAGUGGAGAAAGACAGUCCUCUUCUAGAAGAUGAGAGAAAAGUAUGGCAGUCAAUUGGAGGCGAUAUAUUUGUUAUUCGGCCACAACUUAAAAGCGAACAUUUGCCAGAGGGGAAAACAACUCAGAGAAAAUUUCUCAAAAUGCUUGAUGACGUAUGGAACGAUGAACCUCUGCUCAGACCUCCAUUUUCAAAGCUUCUUGUAGUGCUAGAUAAUAUUCAUCCGACAAAGGGAGAACUAAUGGACAACUUAAUUCGACUAUUGGAAUCUUAUUCCAAUAAUCUCGAACAAGUGGUGAUUGAGCGUACCCACGACCUCGAAGUAGAAAAGGCUAAAAUUGAUCAUAUUAUAAGUCAAAUGUUGCCCAAAAAAGUGGUAGAGGAAUUAAAACACGGAAAUAAAGUGGAACCAGAAGACUUCAACUGUGUCACUGUAUUUUAUAGCGAUAUAGUCGGGUUUACAACGAUCGCGAAAAACAGUCAGCCUAUGCAAGUGGUUGAUCUGUUGAACAACCUUUACAGCACAUUCGAUUCUAUACUGCACAAAUAUGACGUCUACAAAGUGGAAACUAUCGGAGAUGCUUAUGUUGUUGCAAGUGGCGUCCCCGAACGAAAUGGAAAUGCUCAUGCAGGUGAAAUUACGACAGCAGCAAUGGACUUAGUCAUAACCAUGUUGGCAAUGAAAGUACCGCAUUUACCAGACUGUAAACUUCUGUUGCGAAUCGGCGCUCACUCUGGACCAGUUGUUGCCGGAGUUGUUGGUUUAAAGAUGCCGCGCUACACCCUUUUUGGCGACACAAUGUUAAUUGCAGCCACGAUGGAAUCGACUUCAGAACCUUUGCGUAUUCAGCUUAGUGAACACACAGUAAAAAUUCUUGAUCAACUCGGAGGAUAUGAAACUGAGCUACGCGGAGAAAUGACUGUUGCUGGACGUGCUCUGACAACUUUCUGGCUGAUAAGUAAAGACGGGUACGAAGGAACCCUUCCUCAGGUUGCUAGUAAAUAAAUGCUGAACCGGUUGCGCCU